UCCUAACCAAUAGUAAACUUCAAUUGAUCCAACAAAGAUUAAAGAAACAAUGUACAACAGUUAAAGGAAUAUCCCCUCUUUUUCUUCCUCCUUCACUUACCAGUAAAACACUCAUUCAAUCAUUUGUAAUAUAAAUCACCUUAGUUUUCUGUCAAAGAAGAAAGACUCUUUCUUUUUUCCCUUCCUUGUGAACAAUGGCUACUGUUAGGUCUUCUUUUUGCCUAACAAAUUCUUCGAUCUUCUUUACCUCUUCUAAUUUGAAAUGGGUACCAGGGAAUUACUUAAAUACUAACCAGAACAUUAGCAGGAUUCGUGUCAUUGCAAGUUCUAGUGGCAGUAACCUAAUGACACAGUCAUCAUCAGUUUCCUCUACUGCAGAAAGAACAAAUUUUGGAUUCAAGAACUUGACUGAGACUUUUUGGGUUGAUGUGCAGAGAGCAGAAGGGAGGCCACUAAAUGUGCAAAUAAAUGCACCAUUAAGUAUAGGGACUGCUCUUAGUCUGGAAAAGGUAGAGAAUGUUGCUAUUAGGGUUGAACUUAGUAAUGGAUGUGUUGGGUGGGGAGAAGUUGCUGUUGUUCCUUCAGUUACUGCUAAAAAUCAGAUGGUAGCUCUUGCAAUGGCUAAGGAAGCAUGUGAAUUUCUUUGUUGCAGUUCUCCUAGGGUGUUGAAUUUGGUGCUUAAUGAGAUUGGUGGUAUUCUUCCAGGAACUGAAUUUGCUUCUGUUAGGGCUGGAGUUGAAAUGGCAUUGAUUGAUGCAGUUGCUAAUAGUAUUGGUGUGCCGCUAUGGAGAUUAUUUGGUGGUGUAUCAAAUACAUUAACCACUGCUAUAACACUUCCAUCAAUUUGCCCUGCAGAAGCUUCUGAAUUGGCUUCUAAGUACUGCCAGUUAGGAUUCAAGACAUUGAAGCGAAAAAUGGAGAAGAACAUUAAUGCAGAAAUCAAAAUUCUUCAAGCCAUACAGGCAGCUCAUCCCCAUUGUUCAUUUAUAAUAGAUGCAAAUGGGAGAUACACAGUAAAAGAAGCCAUAGAAGUUCUUCAGAAAUUACAUGAUUCAGGAAUAAGGCCUACACUUCUUGAACAACCCAUUCAUAGAUAUGAACUUACAGGUCUUAAAGAAGUUAGUGAUUUUGCAAGAGGGAAGUAUGGGAUGUCUGUUUCCGUUGAUGAAAGCUGUGAGAGUCUAAAUGAUGUUCAAGGAGUUAUCAAGGAAAGUCUUGCUGAUGUUAUUAACAUAAAAUUAGCUAAAUUUGGAGUGAUGGGAGCCCUUGAAAUUAUUGAAUUGGCAAGAAAUUCUGGUGUGAAUCUAAUGAUUAGUAACGCAGUAGAGACUAGACUUGCCACUGGAUUUGCUGCUCAUUUGGCUGCUGGGCUUGGCUGUUUCAAAUUUGUUAGUCUAGAUAUGCCAUUUCUGCUCUCAGAAGAUCCUGUGAUCUGUGGUUAUGAAGCUUCUGGUGCUAUUUACAAGUUCUUAAAUGCAAGAGGUCAAGGAGGAUUUCUCAAAUGGGAUUUCACAUCAUGAUGAUUACAAGGGUUUAGUUCAUAAAAAGUGGAUGGUGAAGAUGGUUUCUACAGCCUAGAGAGUGAACGAACUGCAAAACAUUUCUUAGUAUAUUGCAUAUAUAGAAAGUUACACUAAUCAUGUGUUAGUGAUGUUAGCUGCUCUGAUAAAAGUUCUGUGCAUGAACUUUCUUCUUCAUUUUCUACUUCCAGUGAUGGUGUGCAUUUUUCUGUAAUCCAUCUUUCCAGAUUUCAUAAAAUUGGGUUACAAAUACAUUUCCUGUCA